AUCUGGAAACGGGUUGUCGACUCUUUAGAUGGGUGUGACCAGAGCGCUUCUACCAGCACCUUUUAUUGUUCUCCGACAACCAUACCAUGAAGAUCACCGCCCCCCAGUCAUUCAAGCUCUUCUCCUCUAAAAUACACCCUCCCCUCCCUCGAACCCAACGAGAAUCUCAACAGCUCCUCGCCGUCCUUACAUCGUCAUUCCGUCGCCAACUCGACCGCGAGCAUCCCCCCGUGCAGUCAGCAGAACCACAGGCUCAUGCCGCGAAUUCCAGCAAACCCAACCGCACUAUCAACGCAGAUCAGCAUUUGAGAUCCAUCCUUGACCACCCGUUGUUCAGUACCGUUCCGCACCGACCGGCAUUAAGGCAGACGCAAAAUGUUCAGUCGGGGUCAUCAACAGAAGACCCUAUCGUGGCAUUGGAUCGUGCCAUAGCCUCUGGAGUUGCCAAUAUUAAUACCAUCCAUGACUGCCUCCGUCGGCAUCGUCUCCAAAUUAACGGUCUCCCACGAGCGGAAAUGCGCGCUAGAAUGAAGAAUUCAAAAAUUGGUCAUAGAAUUAUUUCAUGGUUUUUAUCUGCCGAUGACCAGCUGAAGGCCAAAUUUUUUCGGGAUCAGCUUGCUCUCCGAUCCGCAAUGCCCUAUUUAGUCAAUGGAUCCCAUCGGAACACGUUGGUGAGGUGGUUAGAAGAAAUUCGCCGUCAAACACCAUGCAUCUCUCAAUUAAAGGAAGAGUUCACAAACUCACCCCAGUUUAUUAUCCUCGAAGCAUACGUCUGGGCUGAAUACAACUAUGGUGAUGGCAUUGUCCCCGCUUUGCAAUUUUUCUUGGAAGCCUGCCGUACCACAACUCACGAGAACGCCAAUGGCCUCCCGCCUUACAUGUUACUCAUUGCUUCUCGCCUUGUCUCUUGGAUAUGUUCGGAUUCCGGGGCAAAGGCCAAAAACAUCCCUGUCCAGCUGUUCGAUGAUUUCAGCCAGAUAUUUGAAGAUGCAGGGGCGCCGUCCGCCAGGAUCAGGACAUAUUUUUGGAAAGCGCUUCUAGGCCUUUAUCAUCCUACCAAUCCAAAUCCCGAUUUUGCAUUAAAACAUGCAGAGUCUUUUUCUCGUAUCCAACCGCACACGAAACGCUUUUCUUCGGGACUCUUGCGGCUGUAUCUUGACGCCGCUCAGCUUUGUAUUCAGCAGGAAAAAUACACCCAAGCAUCAAGACUUAUGUUAAUUGCAAAGGACAUUUUGCCAGAUCGGAGACCUUCCAACUCCAAGGAUAUUCCAUCUGAAAAGGGCAAUCAAGAUGUCCCUCCAACGGUCAACGAUAUACACGGCAGCUUGCUCCCUACCUGAUAAGAUGUUCAAGAGACGGAAUCUCAGUCGAUUUAUGAAUAAUACCCCGGGAAGUCUCACUUCCACCUUCACACCUAAGGGCACAUAAGGACAUCGCCCAUUUCUAGGCUGUUGCGGGAGAGGAAGACCCUAGGAAACUUUCGGCGACAUCUGCUUGAGGACAUAACUAACCACCCACCCCCCGCCCGGUGCUAUGGUGUUUAUCUCGCUCUAUUGGCCUCGCUGUAUUUAAUAAGCAGACCAAGUCUCGUGUACAUUAGGUACAUACAUGUAUACCUCUUCCAGCC